AUGGCCUCGAAGGCAAUUGCGAAGGCUGCGGCAGGCGGUCUCGUGGAGAUCUCCCAGAAGCACACCCUCCAGUCCACAGGCAUCUGGGAACGCAUCCGCCGCUCCCUGGCCAUCGACCCCAACCGCUCCUCCGGCGUGCCCUUGAACCCGACCUUCCGCAACCCGGCACCGGGCGCCAACGACCCCCUGGCCUACGACGACCCCGUCACCGUCCCCGCGGGCGACAUCGCCGACAACCCGUACUGGAAGCGCGACGCCCGCCGCAACUACCCGGCCAUCAGCGUCGUCAGCCAGGCUGACGUCGUCGGCCUGCUGGCCGUCGGGUCCGCCGCCAACCCGCGCGUCGAGCUCAUCGGCGAGGCGGGCGAGAAGGCGCUCGUCGCGGCCAAGGAAGAAGGAAAGACGACGGGCAUCGCGGCUUACCUCGAGAAGAACGCCACGCAGGGCGCCGUCGAGGCGAGCAAGGAGGCGCUGUUUACGAAUGGGUUGCCGCCGACGCCGAGUGGUGAGAAUUUGAAGAGUGGGAAGUGGGAUGUGCACAAGUACAAGGUCAACGAGGAGCAGACCUACGGUGAAGGCUACCCUUGCCGGACUUUUGCUUGA